AUGUGCUUGGGACCGCCAUCCCCGCACCCCAGCUCUCUUGAAGCUGACGAGGGCUCAGACGAGAUUUCACCUUGCGCUUGGCAGCAGACCUAUAAUGAUAUUUUGUUACAUUCGGCGAGCGAUAACGAGCACUGGACAUGCAGUCAUGCUGUAUGUCAGAACGUAGACGUGCUAUCACGAGAUAUCCCGUAUGGAGACCCAGAAUCAUCUCCCCCUCUCGCUUACAUCCGAUCGUCCCAAGCAGUAUCGGACCCGGACCCGAUCUCCCACACCGGUAUGGAAAAGCCGCAUGGUGUGCGCUGGACAUACGGAGGCGGUCUAGACGAUAUGACGACCAGACUGACCGGUCAACUGAUGGAUCUACGUCGGAGUGCUAAGCGGAUCAUCUGCAAGGAUGACCGACUGGGCCAUGUUCUUGGCGGAAGAUGUUUCUUCUUCCGCAUGUCAGCCUACGUGUCUCGUGUGGUGGAAGACGUAUCUGUAAGCAUGAUGAGUGCAUGUAUCCUUCCAAUUGGAACCGGCAAGCAGUACCAGCGGGCCAAGACGAUGCUCUAG